AACUAGUUUCCUCCUCUUCUAGCAAAACAACCCUAAUUUUUCCAGAUGAGUAUGGAAAUUACUUUUCGAUUUAAUGAAACCGACAGAGCCGCCGUUACAAUGUCGGGUGGUAAAUUCACAGUUAACUUUAACCCUGUUGGCCCACUCGUACCACCGGCUGGUAGCAGAUUAAACGACAAUGGAUCCCACGUUCAUCCGCAGGCUAGUGGUGGGUUCACAAUUAACGUUAAUCCUCUUGGCCAGUUCGUACCACUGGCUGGUGGCGGAUUGAACGUUAACAAGGCCCAUGUUCAUCCUCCUGCGGGUGGCUUUAAAAAGGGAUAUGGAUCUGAAAAUACUAAACUCUUUGAUCCAUCUUUGAAAAUGGCUAAUCCUAGGGUUUUCUUUGAUAUGACCGUGGACGGAAAACCGGCUGGUCGGAUAGUGAUGGAGCUCUUUGCCGACACAACUCCACGGACGGCAGAGAACUUCCGUGCCCUCUGUACAGGCGAGAAAGGCAUUGGGAAGUUCGGUAAACCACUCCACUACAAGGGAUCAAUCAUCCACGAGGUGUUCCCUGGUUAUACCUUGUGUGGAGGAGAUAUCAUUGGUGGAAAAUUUGGAUUCGCCGAAUGUAUCUACGGAAGUAGGUUUUUCGACGAUGAGAACUUCAUCAAGAUGCACACCGGUCCAGGUAUACUCACCAUGUGGGACUGUAGACCAAACACCAACGGAUCUCAGACUCAGUUCAUGAUCUGCUUGAGGAAGAUUGUGGAAUUCGACGGGGAGUGCGUCCUGUUUGGCCAAGUUGUUGAGGGAUUGGAUAUGAUUGAGAACAUUGAGAAGGAGGUCGCUCGAACUGAUGAUGUAUCUUAAUGGCGUGCCUACAAAGCGUGUGGUGAUUGCCGACUGCGGUCAAAUUUCGUAGGUCUUAGAGAUUUGUAUUUUGUCUUUGUCCUAUAACAAAAAGUGGUCGUUUGGAUGUUUCGUGUGUCUUUAAUAUUCUUGGUUUGGAUUUGAUUUCGGUCUGUUCCACUCGAAUUUGGAUUCGCUACCAUCGACUAAUGAGUGAUAUCCAUAAAUCUUAGCUAUAACUGCUACGUAGUAGGAGAACAAAUUUCCAUAAAUAUGUUAAAAACGUUAUUAUCGUCACAAGUGUUUUUAACGAUGAUUCUUGUUAGUUAAAUCUUAAGGUUAGGCCGAUAUGAAAAUUCCUGCGGCUUUAAACUUGGUAAACUAGAUUUUGACCCGCGUUUGGAAAGCGCGGGUUUGUUUUUGUAAUUAAAUAUAUUGUAAACGAAUUUCUAUAUAAGAUAGUGUAUAAGUUUGAGCACAUUUAUCUAAAACCACGGACCAAACUAUUCCAAGCUGAAAAACCAAAAUUGAAUUGAAUUGCAUAAAUAAUAUAGCAAAUCAUAAAUCUAUAACCGAAAAAUUGAAACCGAACCGAGAACCAAAUGAGUACCUAAAUUUUUAAAUAAAAAUUAUAUAUUUAAAAAUAUUAAUUACAUUCAAUUUUUAAAUAACCACAUAUCCUAAAAAUACUAUUUAUAAACCGGAUAACACGAAAACUUGAAUUACCCGAAUAUUUUUAUUUGGUUGAUAAAUAAUUUAGUUAACCAAAAGUAUAAUUUAUGUAUAUAAUUAUUUAUUUCAAAUAUAUAUAACUAUGUUUAAUAUAACACAUAGUAUCAAAACUAUUUUCAAAAUAAUAUUAUGUUUUAAAAU